GAUGAACAUUACAAGUCUUCAACAUCAGCACAGUUUCUGCAUUGACGCAGAUGCUGUGAAUAUGCUGUUGAAUGCCACCACAGCUGUCUCCACGCCGGCUAUUUUGCUCGUCCCAUAUAGAAAGCACCAUGUGCUACGGUACCAUGAGUGGAUGAAGUCGCCGGAUCUUCAAGAGCUGACAGCUUCUGAACCUCUGACUUUGGGGGAGGAGUAUGCGAUGCAACUUAGUUGGCAAACGGAUUACGACAAACUAACGUUCAUUGCCUGUCACCCUCUCCCUGGGCCCGCCUCUAAAAAUGCUGGGGCGGAUUCGAAUGAUGGAAUUAUAUCAUCUCAGGGGUAUGACGCCCCAGAAAAGAUGAUCGGCGAUGUGAAUCUAUUUCUCAGGGUUGCCUAUGAGCUUGACGGGGAGGGGGAGGAGAUGCUGAAUCGGCCGUACGUACGCGGCGAGAUUGAGCUAAUGAUUGCAUCCCCAAGUGAUCAAGGGCGCGGGUUUGGGAAAGCGACACUACUUGCUUUCCUGCAGUAUAUAAAAAACCACACAGUUGACAUCCUCGAUCAGUACAAGAGCCACUCACCAGAUGGAGCGGAAACUCACAUCCAGAACCAAGGUGUGAAGAUGGGCGGAUUGGUGGUCGUUUCAAAGAUCAACAAAAGCAACUUGAAGAGUCGGAGGCUGUUUGAGAGCGUCGGGUUCGGUCAGGUCGGCAAAGAGGACUAUUUUGGCGAGAUAGAGUUGAAGCUUUCUGGGGGCGUGGACGGCCUGAAGCCGAUAGAUGAGUGGUGCGAGGUUGGGUACCAGAAAGCAGUUGUACCAGAACGGUAGCGAUAUCAUCGACGAAUAGGAUAUACAAUAUCAUGUUACCUGUCUGUAGAGAGCAGUACCAGCAUGAAGAUUAAUGACCAUGGUAAUCGAUAACGAUUGCCUUUGUGAAAAUGAGUGGCUGCUGUUGCAAGGAACUAUAUGGCGAUAUGGCGGGAAAAGGUCAUGGGACCGGGACGGGAACAGGGACAUGCAUUGCAGUUAGUCAGAGGUUGGGAAUAACUACAUAGAACUCAAUGCCUCUUUGACUAUUUAUAGUAACUAUGGAUCAAAUACUUUCUCUCGAUCACCUAGGCUAGUAUUUAUUAUAUCGUAG